GGGAGGAAGGACUUGAAUGAGUAAAAAGGGGAACUAGUUCGGGCAUUCAGGAAGUUGUUCAGAAGAGGGAGUUGUUCAGGAAGUUUGCUCUGGUGCGUGUCCUCCUCUCGACGCAUGCAUGACUGGUGGCGGGGCGCGCCGGGGAGUGAGAGUCAGAGACUUGGACUAUGAAGACGCCGUGGCACCCAGUGCUGGAUGAGCAAUGCCAGUGGGGGGGGUGCCAGGACCAGGGGAGGGGGACUGCUCUGCAGAAAAAAAAAAUAAAAAAAAUAUUUUUUUCAGCAAAUCGGCGGGGGCACUUUUUGGCGCCCCCUGCCAAGUGCCGCCUGGGGCACGUGCCCCCCCCUGGCCCCCCUAUAGUUACGCCUAUGCUGCCACCUUUUCUUUCUUGCAGCACCAGUUUUUAUCUCUUCCUGUCUUUCAGCUGCAACAAAACCAUUCUAGCUGUCCUUUGUUAACAUGUCUCCUCCUUUUCUUCAUGGUCACAUUUCCUAGGGAAAAUCUUUCCCAUCCUACUCCCCUUUAAAGCUGAUUCUAUGGCAAAUGUUCUCCAUGGUACUUCUAGUCUCCAUCAUGGUUUCCAACUGCAUUUGUAACCCCUAGAUCCUUUUUGCUGUAAGGUUGUUCCAUGAAAUCUUAUACAGAUAUGAAGAUCUUUCCUCCUAUGUGUGUUGAAAUGAGAGACAUUCCACAGUUGCUUCAUUCAUCUAACCAUGUUGCUUCUCCCCCAUCAUUUGGUGAUUGUUUCCAACCAUGCUGCAACUGUGACUGUUGAUCCGGCUUUUCUUUUAUGACUUGUGGCGCAUGGGAUUUUUCUGGGCUGAGACUGAUACUGUACAGAGGAGACUUCGUAUGAAGGAAUGCCAGCCAGCAGAAGGACUUGGCCUGUUUUAGUGUGGCAAGAAAAGCCCAACAACAUUCUACUUGAGCUAUGAAGGGAUGAUAUAUCGGCCAUCAAGAGAGUGAGAUAAGACUGUUUCUUUGCUGAUCCAUAUCCCCUUAUCCCAAGGGAAGGAUGUGGUUUAAAAAUAGAAUAACGUUUUAACUUUUUCAGUUUGAGAAGGCAGGAAAGAUUCAGUGUGUGAAGUGGUUAGCUAUAGCCCACACAACCACAAUCUUUUAUUCUUUAUCUGAUUGAUCCUAAUUACUCAACUGGAGGAGGGCACAUGCAUAUGCAAGGGAGAUCGAAGAUAACAUUCUGUUCAAUUGCACCCUGAGGACAUUCCGAUUUGGACCCCAUUGCUCCUCCUCCAUUGACUUCCCCACUAUAAAGCAUGCACAAAUGACUGAGGCGACAGCACUUAUUCCAGUGAGGAUGAAGGCACUCCUGCUGCAACUGUUCUUUCUAGUUCCCUCUGUCAUAGUUGAUGGUGGCCAUGUCCAGAAAGUACUAGGAGUGAGGGAUGGAAGCGGCCAGUGUAUUUGCAGCAUGGAGCUGGCCCAUGUUGUCUUCCCUGUAAAGAAGGUAGAAGAACUGGAGACUAACUUCCUCAACCUGACUAAUUUUCUGCAGGAUCAACUGAACAGGAUUUAUAACUUCCAGACAUUUAUAAGUACAACUGCAGUCAACAUAACCAACUUGGAGAAACGUCUGAACUAUUCCAGGACAUUUGGCACUCAUGUUGACCUGGAUUUCGACAAGCUCAUCAGCGAUAUUCACACCGUGGUGUCUUUAGCUACAAAUAUAAGCAAGAAUGCAACCACAGAUUCCAGCAAGGAAAUGAUUAGCAAAUUGAUUCAAGAGAUUAAUGCUAUCAAUACUGUAGUAACAAAAAUGGAAAAAUAUGACCGGAACAACAUCAUAACAGCACAACGUGAGAUAUCAAUUCUCCGGAAAAAGCUACAGGAGUGUGAGGAUGCAAUUAUGUCUGAAAUUACACCAAGCGCUGCCCCUCCACCAGGAAAACCACCUACUGUUGGUAAAUGUGACCAUGAUGGGCUACUAAGGGUCAGUGGACCAGUUCUGGUGAAGCUCAACUGGAGAGGUUCAGAUUUCAAAGCUGGAUCCUGGGGGAAAGAUUUUGCUAUGGGCACCAAAUUUCCAAACCAUUAUUGGGUUUUUCCAAUGAACAAAGAUGAGCGUACAUUGCAGAACUUCCGCAUAUACUCCUCAUUCAAGAAAUUGUCACUUUAUGCCCCUGUCCGGGAGUAUAACCUUAGCACUUCUUUCCAAGAGAAGUGUGAAAAUUGUGGGCAAGGGGGCGGAGUGGUCUUCUUCAAUGGUACAUUCUUUUACAAUUGCUUUGAUAGCAGGUCUUUGUGCAAAACCGACCCAUUUACCAUGCAAGUCACACGUGAAGAAUUAGAAGACCAGGAUCCUGCUUCUUUCAAUGACUGGUUCUCCUACAAGGAUGUCAAAUAUCAAGAUAUGGACCUGGCUGGAGAUGAAAAAGGCCUCUGGAUGAUUCAUGGCUCUACAUUGGCCAAUGGGAAUGUGGUUAUUAAGAAAGUAGACCCUAACACUAUGCAGAUAGGGACACCCUGGAUCACUACACAGCCAAAGAAUAAAAUGACCAAUUCCUUCAUGAUCUGUGGAGUGCUGUACGCCACCAAGAAAGUGAAUUCAACUCAUGAGGAGAUAUAUUACAUAUAUAACACCAACACAGGCCGGGAAAGAAACAUAAAAAUCCUUAUGGAGAAACCUCUGCCUCAUGUCCAGAGUUUGAAUUACAAUCCCAAUGACCAGAAGCUCUAUAUGUUCAAUGAUGGCUAUCUGGUUUAUUACAAUGUCACCUUCAGAGGAAAGGCCCCAGGAAGAGCAGGAGAGGCUGUUGCUGUUCAACAACAGCACGAUUCUGAAGGUAAAGGAGGGCAGGACAUGGCAAGUGAGCAUGUGUGGGCCUCUCCUAGUGAGGACAACCCCAGUUCAGCUAGUGACCAGCAGGAAAACUUGGCAGACGGAGAAGGGAGCAAUGCCAAUCAAGAAGGAGGACCUCUUACUGUCACCCUUGUAAAGCGAGAUACCAGGAGGGAAGGCAGCCAUCUUGUUGCUAGUGAGUGAGACCAUUUCAUAAAGAAAGGCAGGGUGCAGUGAGCAAAGAAAGUUAUGUUGAGGUGAGUGAAGGCGGGAAACGUUUGGGAAAUAAAGGGAUUGUUAUACAUAGGCACAAGAAGAAGCAUAGGUGUUGCUGUUCCUUCUUGCUGCCAGAACAGCCUGUAAAAAUAAAUGCAGCACCUUGCACAUCCAUAUGUAGCAAUCACCGCUAUCUCAGGAAAUGUGUCCAUAGUACAUAUCAGGUAUGCAGGGUGCAAUAGCACAGCCAUUACAUGACCAAAGUGUGGAUUCUCUGAGAUGAAAUGAUUCUCGCAUGACUGUCUGGCAAUCCAGCCAUUCAGUGUACUAUUAAAAAACAAACUGGCGAGGAGAACUCUACACUCUCAUUUGGAAAUUGGUCACAAAGUCCACAUUGCUUCACAAGUAAAAUGCUUUU